AUGACGAAGGAAAACGGAUUGCGUCCAUCUUCACCUGUUCACGCUGAGGAUGCACAAGUACGUCCCCGUGGCAGCAAGACGAAAAAGAAGGUGACUUUAGCCACAUCGGCAAGUAACCAAAGACUGUUGCGACCGACGUCUUCAUCUCGUGCCAGGACUCGAAGUAUCAGCCCAAAGUCUGGCCCUUGGGUGCCUGCUCCUGGCAAGGCUACGCGGGGUGGGCGUAUUAACUGGCAGGGAACAUGUCAGAAGACAGAAGUGAACCACGUGCGGAACAGUGACCUCUCCACGGAUGAGGAGGAGAAAAUUGGAGGGGAAGUCCGAAAGUAUGAGAAGAAGAUCAAUAACCUUAUGAAUGAGGUUGGCACCCUGAGAAAUGAGGUUUGCUGUGGCUUGUGUCUUUUCCCAGGUUGGGUGAUGUGCCUUCAUUGCUGCGGGUUGGUUCAAAACAGAAACCCCUCCCAGAUUGGGCAAAAGGAGGACCUGCUGAACACUCACCCGGGCGUGCGCAGCGGCAAGGGGAGGACUUCAGCAUGUCCUGGGGAAGCUGGAAAAAAAAAAGGGCACCAGAAGGAGCAGCUGAAUUAUGAGAGGGAGAAGUUGAUGAAGAAGUUGAUCGAGGCAGAGUUGGAUGGGCAGGCAGCGUCGCAACAGGUCAGAGAGUUGAAGGAUUUGAUCCGGCAGCUCCUGGAUGAGCAUCAUUUUUCGGCAGCUGAUCAGGUACGCCUGGCCAAACAGAAGGAUCUGUUUCUUAAAACACUGGCCGACUUUGAGGCAACCAAUCGGGCGCUGAGAAAUUUACUGCGGGACCAGCAUCGGCUGGAAGCCUCUGGUCUGAGGCUGGGGGAACAACGUGACAUCUUGUUGAGAAGACUGGCCGACAGUGAUCUGAUGAACAAGAGAAUGACAAACCAGCUGUUGGACUGUGAAAGCUUAAUUGCAGAACUGAAGAACCAGCUGCAAGUAGAGAGGCACGAGAGCGCACACCUACAGAAGCAGCUGAGAAUGAAGGAAGCUGAUUGUAACCGCAUGUCCGUACAGAUUCGGACUCUGGAGGGACAGCUGACCCAGGAGAGGAUGGACAAGGAGCAUCUUCAGGGGGUGGUCAGUUCUCUCAAAAAUAAGGUGGACAGAGACAAAGAGGCACUCAAGAAAGCUGCCAGGGCUCAAAAGUCACGUGCCGAGCGGCUGGAGGAAGAUUUGAACCACGUGACAAAACUUCUGACAGAAGCACAGUGUCAGGACUGUGCACACGUGACUCGUUUAUCGUCAGUGAAUUCACAAGCCGAGAGUUUGAGCCGAGAAAAGCAACUGUUGGCCAGCGAGGUGGACAGGCUGCGGGCGAGAGUUACAGAGCUUGAGUCCCUCCUCGAUCGAGUAGAAGACAGUUCCAAGACCCAGAAUGAGACUCUAACAGCUCGACUCCAUGAGAAGGUCUCGGAAAAUGCUAGCCUGAGAUUGGAGUGUGAGAGACUGAAGACAGCGACCAGUUUUGCUGAGAGUAAGGUCAAGCAGAUGGAGGAGGACGCCCAGCAGUUGAGGGUCAUGGUCAAGCAUUAUGAAAAACUGGCUGAUGAAUACAAGGAGCAGGCUAGUCGGGUGAGGAAUGAAGCCGAUGAGUCCAGCAGCAGACUGGGGGAACAAGCAAGAGAGAAAGAAAGGGUUCAGAGGGAUGGAGAGCAGGAGCUGGAGAAGGUCAAACAGCGUCUGCAUCAGAGGCUGCAGGAGUUGGAGCCCUUGCCAGAACUGCUGCGGGCCACAGAGCUGAGGCUUCAGGAGGCCAACGAGAAGAUCCUGGCACACGAGAAGAGAAAUGCCGAAUACACGAAGAUGAUCGCGGAGCUGACAGCAAAGCUUGAGUACAACUCCCAGAGCCUGGACCAGGUCAAACUCAAGUGUAAUGACUCCCAGGAUUCCAGCAGGUCACUGCAGUCAAGGCAUGAGGCCAUGGAGAGACGUCUACGGGAGCUGGAGGAGAAGAACCUUGAACUACAGGCCGGUCAGACUAAGCUGCAGGAGACACUUCACCAGGAUUCGUUGCGACUGGAGGAGAAGGUCCGAGAAAAUGCCAGCUUGACCAGGCAGCUGGAGAAUGCCCUCUCGGACAAUCACAGGCAGCAUGAUCAGUCCAGGGACCGCUUCUUGUCCAAGGAACGUACCUACCAGAGCCGGAUCGUAGACCUGGAGACACAGCUGAACCAGCUGCGGGCCGAGCAAACUCGACUAAAGCGGGAGAAAGAAGAGAACGAACGAAAAUUCAAUUCCCGACUCUAUGACCUCAAGGACAGACUGGAACAGUGCCAGUCUUCAAACAGAUCUAUGCAGAACUACGUCCAGUUCCUGAAGAACUCCUACUCCAACGUCUUCGGGGAAACCUCGUCUUCCAUCCCUUCACCGAUUAAACAGUUCCCUUGA